AAACUGCUGGGAAGACCUUUUUAAGGACAAAGGGUGCAGCAAUGUGCAAGUGUACCAUGACGGCGAGAAUGUGGCUUUUAAGAUCCCCUCUGAAAAUGGCCGCGUUAAAGACAAUAGUACAUCAUGCAACAGCAAUGAGCAAAAGUUCAGUAUGAGGGACAGUAGUGCUCAAAGGAUCUCCAUGUGGACUGUGGAUUCCAGCACACUGGCCUAUUCAGGUCCAGAAGACAACUCCACAGAUCUACCGGAGACCCUGACAGAAACCUCCACUCUCAACUUUGUUGACAGGCACACCUUGCAGGAACCAGGAGAUCAUGACAGUCUCCACAGGGUGACAAUGGUUUACCUCAAGGAGUUUGUGCUUAUCGAUGACGAUGAUGAUGGGGACAUGUCCCUAAGAGAGAAAACGGUGAAUAACUUGUCUGUCAUGGAUGGGAAAGCUGCGGACCUGGUGUGUGGGAGACCGGUUUCCACUUCCAGCCCCUCGGGGUCCAAGUGGAAGGGUGAAUCAUCGCCCCUUGACGGUCCACUUCCUCAGCACGAGUCUUCACGUGGAAAUCAAUACUGCUGCACCUGCACCAUCCUAUGACCUAAAUUCUGCUUUUCACCC